CCGUAGUCCGUCAACGGACGUGUUUCGGCAUCUACCUGCCAAUUCUUUUUUGUGUUUUCUCUGAAUUUUAUACCUGAAGUCUCUCAAGAGGCUCACCUUUAUUUGAAAAACGCCAAUAGAGGCCAGUGGUAUAGGAGAAAAAAAAAGGAGAAAAAAUCUGGCCGUUAUAGUUUUAUAUUUCCCCCUCUGAGAGAAACAGCGUCGGCUUCUUCAUGUCGGACAGUAGGCCAAAGUGAAGUCAGUGGAACGGCUUCGAAAUCAUUGUCGUGUUUAAAAAAAAAAAAAAAAAAGAAAAAGGAAAACAUUCAAAUUUUUAGGGAAAGAAAACGGUCGAUACUCGUUAGCCCGAGCCAAUUGUGUGUGUGUGCUAUUUCCACUACGGUGGUAUAUAACGUGAUUGCGAUUCAUUACAACAGAUUUUCUUGUGUGUGCUUGUGUGUGUGUGUGUGUGUUUGUUGUGUGUGUGGCUGAACUGAAAAAGCAAAAAGAAAAACUAUUUCCGAAAGAGAAAGAAAAAUAACCGCCGUUUUUUUUAUGUGCCGUGACUUGCGGGAAUCCCGCACGCGCGCUCACGUCAACCCCCAUCCCUCUUUUUCUGUGCUGGUGCAUUAUUUAAAAAAAUAUUUUAAAGUGAACCAAAAUCCCCACCAGCCCUUUUGCAUAGCUGAUUUGCAACAACCCAUUUCGACGUAACCAUCAAAAGGAGAAUACACCACCAGAGUGUGUCUGCGUCUAUGACAAUUGCUACCGGGUCUUUCAACUUAACAAUUUUCUACUUCAAAAGAUGGAAAGCCGGAUCGAGGAAUUGGAGCGGGAACUGAAGGAGACGAGCGAGCAGUUGGCGUUGACGCGGGAGCAACUGCGAUUGCAGAGCAGACGGGCGCGCCAGCUGGUGGCCGCCUGCUCCACCAAAGUCGAAGAAAAGGAACGCGAAAUGAGGAUGCUCCGAGUCCUCAAAGACGGCCAAUUGCAGUCCAUCGUCCGCAAACUGUUGCACUUUGAGAGCCUCUUGCGCCAGGAGCAGAAGCGCGUCGUCGAGAUCGUCCGCCAGAAGGACCAAAUCAUUCGAACGCAAUCGACUGAACUGGACCAACUGAGGCAGGCCAAUCGCAAGCUCCUAAUGGCCGCCAGCCAGGACCCUGACGAUUCAUCCUCCGCCUCUAAUCCAGCCGCAUCCAAAAUGGCCAAACUCGAUCCGGAAAACAAAGAAAACGUUGGCCAAAACGAAUCGCAAACGAAAGCCAACCAACAACAACAAUUGGAGACGCCGUUAGUGACGAAAAUGGUUCGCCGAUUCGAGCCCGCUGUCUCGACUGCCGCCUCGAAAAAACCCGAAAUUCCAAAGAAACCUGCCCGCCUGUUGGCGGCUGUCGCGCCGACCCCGGCCGUUGCGAUCCAGCAACCCGUGACGGUCAGCAAAGGCGUCGUUCGAACCGAUUCGGUCAACGAUCACGGCUACUUUACGCUAGAGAAGCGGAAACCUGUUCGGAUGAGCGUCACUCCGACGCCGGUCCAAGUAACAGAACCCAAGUUGCCGAAUCCGACUCCCCGAGAUCCGCCGUCGGCGGAUCACGUUGCGGAUGAAAUGGAUCUGCGACACAAUUUCGAGGAAUUCCAUCUGAUGGACAGUUUGGAAGAAGAAGAGCAACAGCAACAGCAACAACAACAACAGCAGCAGCUCUUGUUUCAACAACAUUCCGAAACGACCAUCAUGACAACGACACCCCCACGGACGCCCGACCGGAGUAGCGGCGACGGCGCUGAAUGGAACAGCAGCAGCGCCAGCAGCGGCGGCAGCAGCAGUUUGCAGCUAACGCCUCCGCACAACGGCAUGGCCGACUGCACAUCGUUGAGCAUUUGCGCCAGCUCGGUGCAAAUUCUCCCGCAAUUGGGCGACGCGACGCCGACGUCCGGCGUCCAAUUCGAUCGUUUCCUCGACGUCAGCGGUUUAACUCAGAAAUCAAUCUUAACGCCGAGUCGGUUGCUUAGUAACCACAAGAACAUGCUCAAACCCAAGGACGUCAAACAUCGGCACAUGAUCAACAAAGCGACUCACGCUCACGCCCCCAACGCCUUCAACAACUGCCGUUCCAGCGAGUCCCUCCUAUUAUCGGCGGCUGGUGAUUCAGCCCGUUUGCAUCACCACCACCAUUCCACUAAUCAAGUCCGUUACUAUGUCGAACCAUUCCUAUGAAACGAAAGAAAAAACGAAACGAAA